UGCAAACAACAACUACAUGACACAUGUUCUUCAUUCCCUUCCCUCCCUCCCUUUCGCACUCUCCUCCCACACGCCAACUCGCAAAUGCCGACGCCCGGCUCGUCGCCGGUGGCGACGGCGGCGGCGCACCGCCACCGCCGUAGCCGACGCCGCCACCCUCAGGGCCCCCCGCCGCGCCAGCCCUGGUGCUGCUCCUUCGCCCUCGACCCGCUCUCCGCCGUCCACCGCAGCCCCGCCGGGACGACGACGGCUGCUCCUCCUCCUCAUCACCGGCGGCGAAGCAAGCACGCCGCCACCACGGCGCCGCCGCUGUCACGCCGCAUGCGCUCGCCCGGCCGCGUCUCCCCCGUCGACGACGCGACUGCCUAUGGCGGCGCCGCCGCGUCGGCGUCGGCGUGUUCCUCCGCGCGUCUGUCGUCCGUCUCCGAGUGCCCGCCGCCGCCUCCGCCUCCGCUGCCGCGUCCACGACCUCCGCCUCCGGCGGUGGAGGCGCUGCGGAUCAGGCUGGUGUCCAAGGGCGUGAUCCUGGAGGUGGCGGAGGUGGAGAGGGUGCGGAGGGAGUGCAGGGUGGUCGGGAGGAUUCUUGGAGGCGGCGGAGGAGAGGUGGCGGUGGAAGGGAAGGUGGAGGUGGAGGCGAUCAGGGAGGCGGUGGAGAUGAUGCUGGAGGACGCCGACGAGGCCGCCGCGAUGAGGCGCCUCUCCCGCGCCGGCGUCGCCCGCGCCAUUGCCGUGCUCGAGGUAUCCUUCUCCCUUAUGUUUGACAGAGGAGUCACCAACUGUCUAAAAUAUCUCGAGGCUGUCCCAUGGAGUGAGCCCGAGGAGGAGAGGAUCAAGAGUUUGCUGUCCCAGUAUCCUUGCAAUAAAACGGUUUCUCAAGAUUUGCUUGCAAGGUUACAGCCUCAAGAACCCAGUUCAUCAGCUGAACUGGUUGUUGAACUCAUGGAUUCCAUCACAAAGGGGACCAACAAUAAUGCCCGUAAAGAUUUGCGGACUCUUGUCGACGGUAUAUUAUCCAGGACCUCUAUCUACAUAAAGAGUGAUAAAGAGCUGGACAUGAUGAACAUUUACUCAAUCUGCCAUACUUGCCUGAACUGUCUGGUGGAAUUAUUUGGGGAAGCCUCUGACCUGGGCCCUUCUGGCCAAACAACCAUUUCAGUUGGAAAAGGGCCACACGAGAGAAUAUGCAAGCAAGUUGAGAACCUCACCUGGUUGCUGCAGAUUCUGAUAGACAGGCAGAUGGGUGAGGAAUUUGUGGACCUAUGGGCCAGCCAGAACACACUCAGUACCAUGCAUGAACGUUUUUCGCCUAUGGUACGUUACGAGCUCAGCCGGAUUUCAGCCACAAUUUUCAUUGCCAUGGGGAGUGGGAAGCUCCACUGCACCAGCACGUCGCGGCUUGGCAUCUUCGAAGCAUGGUUCAGGCCAUUGCUGGUGGAUUUUGGGUGGCUCAGGAGGUGCCCAAAGGGCCUCAACAUGGCAACCCUGGAGGAUGGAAUUGGGCAAGCUUUGCUGACACUCACCUUGAAGCAUCAGCAGGUGCUGUUCAUGGAGUGGUUUGAGACAUUCAGUGGGCAAGGCAGGGAAUGCCCAAAUCUGAUGAGGGCUUUCCAGGUCUGGUGGAGACGAUCAUUCGUAAGAUCCCUAGGUAGCAGCAGCUGAGACUGUUCAUCUUCUUGCAAAUUCCUCACCUGAGUCAAUUGUGUGUAAGCUUACAUGUACCAUGUAUGUUUGAUAUUGUCAUAUAUAUAUAGCUUGUUUGUCAGAUUCCCUGACGAAGCCUGUAUCUGCAAUUCUUUAGCACUGCUGAGAUGUAACAAAAGGAAAGAACAAUUCUUUAGCUGUUGUUCCAUUGGCCUGAGCUGAAUGCAUUUGCUUUUGGUGGUUGAUAAGUUGAUCCA